GACCGACGUGCCAGCACCGGGCAGCACCCCGGCACCCGGGCGCUACAGGAACUGGAACCCACCGCUCCUGGGCAACCUCCCUGAGGACUUCCUCCGCAUCCUGCCCCAGCAGACCGCAGGCACACAGGGCUCCCCCGGCUGCCGGCAGCCCGUGCCACGGGGACUCGUCCCUCGGGGCCAGGGCUCCCUGGAGCAGGAGCGGCGGUGGAAGCAGUACCUGGAGGACGAGCGGAUCGCGCUCUUCCUGCAGAACGAAGAGUUCAUGAAGGAGCUCCAGAGGAACCGGGAUUUCCUCCUCGCCCUGGAGAGAGAUCGAUUGAAAUAUGAGUCAAAAAAAUCCAAGUCGACCAGUGUUGCUGUCAGCAACGACUUUGGUUUCUCCUCUGUACUAUCAGGUGACGUAGCCCCUUCGGUAACCAGCGAGGCCGGCGGUGCCGUGUCUGACGAUGCCUUAUUCAGAGACAAAUUGAAACACAUGGGAAAAUCCACACGCAAGAAGCUGUUUGAACUCGCCAGAGCCUUCUCCGAGAAGACAAAGAUGAGGAAAUCGAAAAGAAAACACUUGUUGAAGCACCAGGUGUAUCCUGAAAGGGGCUGGGGAGCUGCGGGGGAUGAAGACUUCCAAGCACGGAAGCAGCAGCUCCGGGAGGAGGAGGAGACGCUGAAGGAAGGGCAGUAA